AUGAGAGAAAUAUUCAUGUCUUGUGACAGACGCAAGGAGCUCUGUCUGCAGCUUGUACGGGACCUCUUCCAGUCAACCAUCAACAGCAGCAGCAGCAGCAGCAGCAGCAGCAGCAGCAGCAGCAGCAGCAGUAGUAGUAGUAGUAGUAGUGGUAGUGAUAGUAAUACUGGAAGUAGUAGCAGCAUCAACAGCAACAGCAGCAGCAGCAGCGCGACUGCAGCCCCCAUCCCCACCCCUACCCCCCUAAACAGCAGCAACAACAGCAGCAACAGCAACAACAACAGCAGUAGUUGUAGUGGUAGUGAUAGUAAUAGUGGAAGUAGCAGCAGCAUCAACAGCAGCAGCAGCAGCAGCAGCGCGACCGCAGCCCCCAUCCCCACCCCUACCCCCCUAAACAGCAGCAACAACAGCAGCAACAGCAACAACAACAGCAGCAGCAGCAGCAGCAUGAGCUUAGAGAGCAGCAUAUACCGUGAAACACUGCAGCGUGAGGAGUGUGUGCAUGCAAUAGCAAUCGAAGAAGCAACGGGGCUGCAGCAGCUGCAGCAGUAUAUAGAUGUCUUUCAGCAGUGUUUAGUUGGCGGGCUGCUGCCUAGCCAGCUGCCAGCAGCAGACAGAGCAGCACUCAUCGCGGCUCUAAGACACAGGGUACUUAUACCUAGAGAAGCAGCAGCAGCAGCAGCAGCUGCUGCUGCUGCUGCUGCUGCUGCUGCUGCUGCAGCUGCUGCUGCUGCUGCUGGGGGUGGUGGUGCGGGGGGUGCGGGCGCGGUGCUGCAACAGGAACAGCAGCAACAGCAGCAACAGCAGCAGCAGCAGCAGCAAGUACUGCAGCAGCAUUUCCGUUUCCACAAGCGGAUGCAGCACAUGCUGCUGCAGCUGCUGCAGCAGCUGCUGCUGCUGCAGCACAAGCGGAUGCAGCGCAUGCUGCUGCAGCUGCUGCAGCACGAGCUGCUGCAGCUGCUGCAGCACAAGCUGCUGCAGCUGCUGCAGCACGAGCUGCUGCAGCUGCUGCAGCACAAGCUGCUGCAGCUGCUGCAGCACAAGCUGCCGGUGGUGCUGCAACAGGAACAGCAGCAACAGCAGCAACAGCAGCAGCAGCAGCAGCAGCAAGUACUGCAGCAGCAUUUCCGUUUCGUGAGAGACAAGGCAUAA